AUGGCCACUACCGACGCAAGCUUGUUCCUGUGCUCGUUUAUUGUUACUUAUAACUUCAGCCGCAUGAUGGAGUCCAUGACCCGCAUUGGUUUGACGCUUGGGUUCUACGGUGGUAUUGCUGUUCUCGGUUGGAUUUAUCAAAUCGUCUUCAUGUCUGAGACUAAGAACAAGUCUCGAGAGGAAAUUGAUGAGCUCUUCUCGUUGCCGACUUCUGUUAUUGUUAAGCGCAACAUGAAGCAGACUGCUCAGGUUAUUCGGGAUUUGUCACGUUUCCGCUUGAAGAAGGUCUUCUCGCCAGAGCCUUACAAAUAG